AUGACAUUCAAUGUCCUGCUUCCAAUUUUCCCGGGCUUCAAUACCCUCGAUGUCAAUGGGCCACUGGAAGUGCUCAAAAACUCUGGCUUACCGGAUGACACGUUCGAAGUUUGGGUGGCAUCUGCAACAGAGCUAACCCAGGCGUGCGAGGGAGUCCAAAUUCAGCGAAACAUCUCUUUCCAGGAUAUCCUCGACCCAAGCUCUAGAAUACCUAUACCUGUCAAGCUGUCAGACAUCGAUGCCUUGAUCAUCCCAGGAGCUCGGAGAUGGGGUAUUGACGACGUUUUGAACUCAGACGACGGUGGUGAGGGGCUACUCAAACUAAUCCGAGAAUAUGGAGAUUACGAGACCGAGACAAAACCUCGCUGGCUCAUCUCGAUCUGCACGGGUUCGGAAUUCCUAGGUAUCAAUGGUCUCCUCCAGGGAAAGCCUGCUACGACACAUUGGGCUGCCAUUCCAAAAUUGGAGGCUCUCAGCGAAAAAUAUGUCAAAACACAUCAGGAAGUUGAGAAGAUUGAUGUUCAGAGAAAACGGUUCAUCUACUCAGGACGUAGCAAGACUGGAGUCAACAUUGCCACCUCAGGCGGAAUCAGCUGCGGCAUAGAUUGUGUUCUCUGGUAUGUCUCCAUAGUCAUGGAUCUGGAGUCAGCAAAGAAGGUCGCGCAUUUCAUGGACUACCCUUGGGGCUUUGCAGAUGUUGAUUAUACCAAGGGCUAUGAAGUUUGA